AUGGCGGGCCCAAAUCUGGAACUAUUCAAGUUUGGCCUUUAUGUCUUUUUUCCCGUAGCUGCAAUGUAUUAUUUUGGCAGCCCCGAGUUUUACGAGAAGCAUAUUAGUAGGCCAUUGAAUGUAAAUAUGGCCACAGCUUCAGAAUUGGUUGUGGACGCAAGGUGCGAGAUUUCAGGGAACUCGGGGACUAUUCGUUUUGUAGGUCCUACCGAAUUCGCUCCUGGAAAAUGGGUCGGUGUUGAACUGGAUGAACCUUCAGGAAAAAACGAUGGCUCAGUGAAAGGCAAAAAUUAUUUUGACUGUAAACCAAAACAUGGGGUCUUUGUAAGACCCUCACAAGUUAAAUCUUUACCCAGCUCACAACCUUUACAAAGUCAGGUUAUUCAAGGCUUUGCCCCGCCCAAUGAUACGAACAAUAAUAGUAACAUUGCGACCCGAAAUGGAGUUCGUUCAUCACUUCCAGUCUCGUUGGGUGGCAUACCAACAUCUACUAGAUUCAAUAAUUCUGGAAUACCCAGUCCUCUCCGUUUAACAAAAGGACAGCAGAAUGUUCCAGGAGCAUUAAGCUCGCCAUCAGGUGAUAAAUUUAACUAUCGUGGUCCUACCAGUCCUACAUUUUCCAAGAGGCCGCGUGGGGUUUCUGAUGCUAGUAACAUCGAUAUUAAGAAGAUGGACAUUAGUGACCAAGGAUUUAUGUCUGGAGAAGUAAUAGAAGAUGAUGAGCUUGAUGGUAACGGGAAAUCUUUACCCGAAGAUCUAAUUGAAGAUAAUGAAGAACAAGAAACUUCAGCACUUAAGGUUGAGACGAACAAAGCAGAUAUGUAUAAAUUCGAAGUAAAGAACGAAGCAGCAAAUUCUUUAGAUCCAUACUCAUUACAGGAAACCCCUGCUCUUCGCGAACAAACCGUCUCACAAAAAGAAUAUGAAGAAUUAAGAUUGAAACUUAAAAUAUUAGAAAAUAAGCGUCAAGAAGAUAGGGAGAAAAUGCGUGAACUUGAAAAAUUUAAGUCCGAAGCUGAACAGUUUAUGGCUGUCAAGCCAAAACUACAAAGUAAGGUGACGGAAGCGCAACAGGAAGUAAGAGAGCUCAGAAAGCAGUUGAAAGACAUUAAUUCCGAGAAGGAACUCUUUGAGGGAAGAUAUAAUGAAACGGUAGAAUCCCUGGAGAGUGUGACACUAGAUAAGGAGUUGGCGGAGGAAAAGGCAGAAAAUCUGCAGCAUGAGGUGAACCUGUUAAAAGAAAAAAUAGAAGAGAUUAGUGUAGAUCUUGAUGUAUUUAAACAAGAGGGUGACAUUAUCCAAAGUAGUAUAAAUGGAGAAGAAAGACCAUCCGUUGAGAUUAUUCAGCUCGAGAAGCAUAAUGAACGAUUAAAAGAGGCACUUGUUCGACUUCGUGAUAUUUCGAGUGAACAAGAAGCCGAUCUCAAUAAGAAAAUAAAGGUAUUGGAAAAAGAGUUAACAUCACUUCAGGACAUUCAAGUUCAAUAUGACCAAACAAAUGAUCAACUGAAAUUGGCCCAAGCUCAAAUAGAAGAUUUGAAGACUCGUUUAGAUGACGCCAAAAAUGCGGUAGACAUGCUUGAAGAACUUACUGGGCAGAAUCUAUUUUAUGAAGAGAAAAUCGAGGAACAACGUGUUACAAUUGAGGACCUUGAAGCCCUUAAGGAAUUAAAUGACGAGCUCGAAGAAAGUCACAUUGAAAACGAAAAGCAACUUCAGGCUGAGAUCGAUCACAAGGAUCAACUUAUCAGAGAAUACAUGAAACGCAUCGAAGCGGCAGAAGAAACGAACGCAGAUUAUGAAAAUACCAUUAACCAAUUCCGCGAAUUGGUGGCCAACUUGCAGAGCGAUUUGGAACAAUUCCGUCAAAAAGAAACUCAAUCCUCGGAAUCGCAAAAUCUUAGCAGUCAAUCACAAGCUAUGCUUAGUUUGAAUAUUCAGUUGAAAUCAUCUGCACUUAAAGCACAAGCGAAACAGAUCGAUUUGGAACUUCGAAAGCUUGAUGCCACGCAAGCUUCAGAAAAUUUGGAUAUUAUUCAGUCCUACUUGCCCGAAGCAUAUUUCAGCACCGAGAAUGAUCCAAUUCGUUGUUUACUUUUGUUGAAACGUCUCGUAUUUAAGUCAGAGUUAAUCGCCAAACAAAUUGAACAAAUUCAUAAUAUUCCGGAAAAACUAAGCAGCACUGUUCCGGAAGAGUUAAUUGCUGUUUGCGAGUUACGGCAAAAAUUGGCAUGGUUUUCCGAUUUGUCUAAGCGAUUUGUUUCAUUUGUGAGUGGUUGUCCUGUCGAGACGUUCCUUAAGAUGGGACAGGUAUAUCACGAUCUUGUAGGAACUGAACGCCGUAUACAAGUCAUCGUAAAUUUGCUGAGAAAAGAAGAGCUUAAAGAAGCGGAGCGUAUAGUUGAUGUACAAAGAUCGAUUGCCCAGCUUGAACAUUUGGCGGAGAUUUAUCUCACAGGCACUAAAAUCGAUGAAGCAGAUAGAUUCUAUUCGUAUAGUAGAACAAUUGAUUUGAACGCAGAUACUAUAGCAGUAACUCUCGGACAUGCCAAACAAGCCGUUGCACUAGCAUGCAAAGACGAAGAAAUUAGCGUUGCCGAUGGCAUUGAACAAUUUAAUUCCGACUUCUUCCAACCCUUGCAAAGCUUAGUAUCGCAAGCUCGAAGCAGUAAGGUUAUGGCCAGGAAAUUACUUCGUCGUCUUGAUGAUCUAGGCGAAAAACCAUCCAUGUUGAAAUCCGAACUCUUACCACAAUUUAAGAUGGUCUACUCGAUAAGUACAAAACUUACAAACUUUUGUCAUGAGGUUUGGAAAGGGAUUUCCGCUUACAUAAAUGAAAAAAAAGGUACAAAGGAAGAAUUGCAAUUAAGCGGACUUCAGCAAAUUAUUUAUAAAGUGACCGAAAAUAUUUUAAGUGUCAAUGAAACAAAUAUGUGGGAGGGUUGUAUAAAGUCAUUACAAACUUUAUGCAAGGAAAUCAAUGAUUUAAAUAAUAUUGCUAAUGACCCGGAUCAGUCGACUAAUAUAAUCAAGGGUGAAGCUCCCUGGCUUACGAGAUCGACAGCAUUAAAGAAAGAAGUCAUUGUCAAUGCCGACACGGAACGCAAGUUGCAACAAGCUGACAAAGAAAUACGUGAAUUAAAGACGGAAAUUAAGAUUAAGGAACAAAAACUGCAAGAAGAAGGCGUCAAGAUUGAACUAUUAGAAAAACGUAUGGAAGCUGCAAAGAAACAGGCCGACAUAAUCGCCGCUCUCGAACAAGAGUUGGCCAACUCAAGGAAACAAGAGUCUGACUUUGAGGAGGCUAUGGAAAGUCUUCAAUUAGAAAUCGAAAGUCUGGAGCAGCAGAAUAGACAGUUCGCCGUUGACAUCAAUGGACAAGUUUCACCCGAAAACCCUAAGUAUCUUAAAGAUGGGGAAGAUGAAUUAGACAAAGAAGGAAUUGUCAUAGUGACCGAUGCCAAUCCGUUGGAGACUGAACGUUUAACUAGUCAGAUCGAAUCCUUGAAGUUUGCAGUUCGUUAUCUAAGAGCAGAAAAUUCCCACUUGAAGGGGAAGGACGCAUUAAAUGUAUUAAAUUGGCAUCUACAACCUAAAAAACAUCGUAUAAUUAAAGAGCAGAAUGAAGAAUUGUUAAGGAAUGCGGCAGACGAGGCUAAAUCAUUGCUCAAGCAAUUCCGCUCUGUCAGCUCAUCACCUCGAAUUGUUGAUCUCACAAAAACGGUAGAGAAUCGCAAAAAAUGGCAACCGUUAAACAAGUCACCUGAAUAUCAAUAUCAAAUGCAACAAUCGGUCAUGUAUACAUUACAACAGCGGAGUAAUAAAUUGAAAUCAAAAAUCCAACAGCUGGGGAAGACAACUCUCCAAGUGCCCUCAAAGGACGGUAAUGCCGUGCAAAAUUCUUCGUAUCUCGGACGGAUCAAACUCCCUCUCUUAUCUUCAGGAAAUAAUGAUGGUCCUCAUUCACAUAGCAUCAAACUUAAAAACCCUUCUGAUUUUGAAAAGAUUCAUACUAUUUUUGUAAAUUGA